UGUCUGUCAGAAUUUGUCCCUUCCUCCCUGGUCCCCGAAAGAGUCAGCGACGGCUGUGGAGCCGGGUUUCUGUGUCAUGGCGUCGCCGUGAUUGAGGGGAAGGUCGUCGGUGGGGAGGUGGUUUGAAAACAGUGUGGGAUCGUGUGUAUCUGACAGACAGAGACAGAGAGAGGAGGGGCUGCCCCGGCACACUCACCUCUGACCGAGGGCGACAGCGAGCGGCGCGAUGGAGGCCCCUCACACCCGCACCGUGGACGAGGUUCUCAGGCACUUCAGUGUCAACGAGACAACCGGGCUCGGGUCUGAGCAACUCCGCAAGGGACGGGACAAGUGGGGGCCGAACGAACUCCCAGCGGAAGAAGGGAAGUCUCUCUGGUCUCUGGUACUCGAUCAGUUUGAGGAUUUACUGGUGCGGAUAUUACUGCUCGCUGCCUGCAUCUCUUUUGUGUUGGCCUGGUUUGAAGAGGGAGAACAAACUAUCACAGCAUUUGUGGAACCAUUUGUUAUUCUGUUGAUCCUGGUAGCAAAUGCAAUCGUGGGUGUUUGGCAGGAGAGGAAUGCAGAGAAUGCGAUUGAGGCGCUGAAGGAAUAUGAGCCCGAGAUGGGGAAGGUUUAUCGGCAAGAUCGGAAAAGCGUUCAAAGGAUCAAAGCCCGCGACAUCAUUCCUGGAGAUGUGGUGGAGGUUGCAGUUGGAGACAAAGUGCCUGCUGAUAUUAGGAUCACCUCCAUCAAAUCAACAACACUGCGUGUGGAUCAAUCAAUACUCACAGGAGAAUCCGUUUCUGUCAUCAAGCACACCGACCCUGUGCCUGACCCUCGAGCUGUAAAUCAGGACAAGAAGAACAUGCUGUUCUCGGGCACCAACAUUGCAGCUGGGAAGGCUAUCGGAGUUGUGGUAGCCACCGGGGUGAACACUGAGAUCGGUAAGAUCCGCGAUGAGAUGGUGGCAACAGAGCAGGAGCGGACACCGCUGCAGCAGAAGCUUGAUGAGUUUGGGGAGCAGCUCUCCAAGGUAAUCUCCAUCAUCUGUAUUGCUGUCUGGAUCAUCAACAUCGGACACUUCAACGACCCAGUCCAUGGGGGCUCCUGGGUUCGCGGUGCAGUCUAUUACUUCAAGAUCGCUGUGGCACUGGCUGUGGCUGCCAUUCCCGAGGGACUGCCUGCUGUUAUCACCACCUGCCUUGCACUGGGUACUCGUCGCAUGGCUCGCAAGAAUGCCAUUGUCCGCAGCCUGCCCUCUGUCGAGACACUGGGCUGUACCUCAGUCAUCUGCUCUGACAAAACUGGCACAUUGACUACCAACCAGAUGUCUGUCUGCCGGAUGUUCAUCGUGGAGAAGCUGGAGGGAGAUCACUGCACUCUGAGCGAGUUCAAGGUCACCGGCUCUACCUACGCACCUGAGGGUGAAGUGUUGAGGAACGGGCAUGUGGUCCACUGCGGGCAGUACGAUGCCCUGAUCGAGCUGGCUACCAUCUGUGCCUUGUGUAAUGACUCGUCACUGGAUUAUAACGAGGUAAAAGGGGUACACGAGAAGGUGGGCGAGGCAACCGAGACUGCCCUAUGCUGCCUGGUGGAGAAAAUGAACGUGUUUGACACUAACCUCAAAGGCCUGACCAAGGUGGAGAGGGCCAACGCAUGCUGCUCGGUCAUCAAACAGUUGAUGAAGAAGGAGGUAACACUGGAGUUCUCACGGGAUCGCAAGUCAAUGUCUGUACUCUGCUCUCCUAACAAACCCAGCCGUACCUCAGCCGGAGCUAAAAUGUUCGUCAAGGGUGCUCCCGAGGGAGUGAUCGAGAGGUGCCGCUUUAUUCGGGUGGGCUCUGAGAAAUACCCUCUGACGGCUAACAUGAAGGAUCAGCUCCUGGCAGUGGUUCGGGAGUGGGGAUCAGGUCGUGAUACGCUCCGGUGCCUGGCCUUGGCAACCCGGGACCACCCCCUCAAGAAGGAACAGCUGAAGCUUGAGGAUCCCAGCUUAUUUGCCGAAUAUGAGACGGACCUGACCUUUGUGGGUUGUGUGGGGAUGUUGGAUCCACCUCGGAAGGAGGUUACCAAUUCAAUCCGGCUCUGCCGCCAGGCGGGAAUCCAUGUCAUCAUGAUCACUGGCGACAACAAGGGCACAGCGGUGGCUAUCUGCCGGCUGAUUGGCAUCUUUGGGCCGGACGAGGAAGUGGGCCUCAAGGCUUUCACCGGCCGAGAAUUUGAUGAGCUGAGCCUGUCUGCCCAGCGCGAGGCUGUUCAGAAUGCUCGCUGCUUCGCACGUGUCGAACCAUCCCACAAAUCCAAAAUCAUCGAGUUCCUGCAGUCACUGGACGAGGUCACUGCCAUGACGGGUGACGGAGUGAACGAUGCUCCAGCCCUGAAGAAGGCAGAGAUCGGAAUCGCCAUGGGAUCAGGCACAGCGGUGGCCAAGAGUGCCUCAGAGAUGGUGCUGGCUGAUGACAACUUUGCCACCAUAGUGGCUGCAGUGGAGGAAGGCAGAGCCAUUUACAACAACAUGAAGCAGUUCAUUCGCUACCUCAUCUCUUCCAACAUUGGGGAGGUGGUCUGUAUUUUCCUGACGGCCGCUAUUGGUAUUCCUGAGGCUCUGAUCCCUGUGCAGCUUCUGUGGGUGAACUUGGUGACAGAUGGACUGCCGGCCACAGCUCUAGGCUUCAAUCCUCCUGACCUGGACAUCAUGGGCAAACCUCCCCGCAGCCCCAAGGAGCCUCUCAUUAGUGGCUGGCUCUUCUUCCGUUACUUGGUUAUCGGGGGUAGGUAUUAAUUCAGUCUGCCUUCC